UCCUGACCUGUUCCUGACCUUCAUCUUCAUGUUUUUCCCUUUUUCUCUUUAUCUUCUUCUGCUGGUAUCGUUAGCGGCCCCUUCUGAAGCUUCGAGUACAGCUCCAAGGCCGCUUAAACGAUUAGCACAUCCAGUCACUCAUCAUGUCGACAUCUUUCCUCGAGUCUCCACUUCCAAUGACAAGCGCAAUUUAGACUCAGCAUCAACGCCACUACGCUACGACGAUUCCUUCAGGUUAAUAUUAUCUGCCUUUGACCAGACCUUCCACCUACAUUUAUCUCCCAACAACCAUCUCGUUCACCCCGCCGCACGCAUCACCUAUCAUCAUCGUGACCCUGCAACUGGAGAAACCACAACCAAUUCGGUACCUCUCUUGAGGGAGUCGGUCAAAGCAUACCAAGGAUAUGUCAUUCCUUCACAACAUACAGAAGGUCGGAGGCUCGAAGACAUGGCCGGAGUACGGGAGGGAUGGUCCUCCUAUCCCGAACUCGGCUGGGCGAGGAUCAUGGUUCACAAGCACGAUCCGAUUGUCUAUGAGGGCGCUUUCUCAGUCAACGGUGUCAUACACCAUGUUACGACAAAAGAGAACUAUUAUCGUGUCAAACGGCCUACAGAUCCAGAAGCUCAAAACUUGGAUGAUCUUCUGGUCAUUUGGCGUGACAGUGAUAUCAUGUCGGACGAAGAACACUACAACUUUACUGGACAACCUUUACGUUCUUCCAGUCCUCGUUCGUGCGGGCAUGAUAGGUUAGAUUACAAUGUCAACCCCAUGCUUAACGGUGCUCUUCGGCGACCUCACGAUCCUUCGCUAUGGCCCCACUUGUGGCCGAGGGACGACAUCGCUGGAAAUGGUGUGGGCACAAACUUCGUCGACCAAAUAGGACAGACCGCUGGUUGUCCCACUUCUCAGAGAAUCGUCUAUAUGGGAGUUGCAGCGGACUGUGCCUACGUUUCCAAGUACGGCACUGCUGAAAGUGCAACAAGUACAAUAUUGAGCGACUGGAAUUCUGCUAGUUCGCUUUACAAAUCUACAUUCAACAUCUCACUGGGCAUAGUCGAGCUUUCGGUUCAACAGCCCACAUGCCCUUCCCAAGGCUCCUCUUCUACUCCGUGGAAUGUCAAUUGCGAUACAGACAUCGAGCAACGGUUGAGUUUGUUUUCGAGUUGGCGCGGCAGUAAAGGUGAUGACGGAAUCGGACUGUGGCAUCUUAUGAGCGGAUGCCCAACUGGACAGGAGGUAGGAAUUGCGUGGAUGGCAACUUUAUGCAAGCGGACUGCAUCCACAAGUAACGGACAGUCAGUUUCGGGAACUGGGGUAUCGACUAUCGGCUUGACGGAGUGGCAAGUCGUCGCUCACGAGAUCGGACAUAAUUUUGGAGCCAUUCACGAUUGUACAGACGGUUGUACGCAAGGUGCCAACAGUUGCUGUCCGCUCAGCAGAGAUUCUUGUGAUACUCAGUCGAAAUACGUCAUGAGUCCUGUUACUAGAGAAGGAGAGUUUACCUUCUCUCCAUGCAGUAUUGGGAAUAUCUGUUCGCUCAUGUCCGGUCAAACAGCAGGAGGAAAGACCGACAUUUCUUGUCUAGCAGAUGCGAACUCUCCACAGCGUCCGUUGAUUUCACUCAAGAUGUGCGGAAACGGUAUAGUCGAAGACGGUGAAGAUUGUGAUCCUGGAACUGGCAAGACCUCCCCGUGCUGUAACAGCUCGACUUGCAAGUUCAUCAACAACGCCAAAUGUGAUCCUCAGAGCAGUACUUGCUGUACGGAUCAGUGUGGAUUCGCGAGUAAGGAUACAGUCUGUCGGCCCAGCAAGGACAGUAAGUGUGAUGUGGAGGAGAAAUGCACGGGAACGAGCGGGACUUGUCCUUCGGAUGUCAUGAAGCCUAAUGGGGAGAGCUGUGGAGGUGACGGUCUGAAAUGUGCGAGUGGGAUAUGCACGAGUGUUGCGCUUCAAUGUCAGCAAGUGGGAGCAUCGCUCGGACUUCAACAAGCUUGUCCACAGUCCCAGAACUCGUGCGAACUUACAUGCCAGAACCCGAAUUCGUCAAACUCUUGUGUUCGACUGUCGUCGUUGAUGAUUGACGGGUCGCCUUGUGGUUUGGCGGGUACUUGCCAAAAUGGUCAAUGCAAAAGUGGUAAUUGGCUUGAUGCCGCAAAGCAAUGGUACAGGGAGAACUUGCAAAUCUCGAUUCCUGUUACAAUUGCUGUUGCCUUGCUCAUUUUGGCACUCUUUUACUACUGUUUCAAUGCGUUUUCCCGACGCAGGCGCGCCCAAAAGUCACUUCGGACGGUUGUGAUACCUCCUCCUCAAAUGUCACCAGUGUACCAUCACAGACUGAGCAGUAGGGCGAGUCAACUUCAAGAUGGUAUGAGGCCGCCUGGAAGGCUGUCACGACGGAUGUAGCGAGUUAUGUAUCAGCCCCGAAAUUUAAGAGAUGAAGGGAAGGACAUUAAGCAUUAUCGACAAACUAUAGCAAAUCUGUACAGUAACUUUACACAUACUACUAGACUGGGACAGCGUUCUCGAGUAUUUUAUUUUUAUCGUUUACGUACUAUAAUAACGCGAUUUAGAUUAUUACCCUGCCA